AUGCUGUGCCGCCUAGUGAGGCAAAACAUGGUCUUGCCACUAUCCGAGCCGAUCCGAGGCAUCAACGGCGAGAUGAUGAGCGAGGUACCCAUCCCCAAGGGCACCAGAAUUUUCGUCGGUGUCAUGCAUGGUUCCAACCUCAGCAAGAUGCUCUGGGGCAAGGAUGCGCUCGAGUGGAAGCCCGAGCGAUGA